AUGCUGCUAGUUAUCGCGUGCACAAUACAUCCGGCGCUAUCGUAUAAGUAUUCAGAGGGACGAAUAAAGUGCCAUGACGGCAUUGUCAAAGUGACACCUCCCAGUGAUGAAAAACCGUUCGAAAUUUGCCUUGCAAAUGACUGUAAAGAAUAUACAAGUCGAACCGAAGACGUCAUGAUUUAUCUGCCUGUAUCGCCUCUAGACAGGAAUACUACUGUAACAGUGAAAUCAUCGACGGGAGACGUUGUGUUCACCCAAUCGGAAAACUGCUCGCCUCCGGAAUUCUGCGUCUAUGCUCGAAAAUUCCUCUCCAAAGGCUUACUGGGAAACCCACACUGUUGGCCAGAAGGAGCCAUUAUAUCGGCUUUCCUCCUACUGUAUCUUGCCAUAGCAACCAUUUUCUUAGUUGCCACAGCCAUAUGUAAUAAAAUAAAGAGGAGAGAGGUUUCAGUUCGGAGAACAAACCAAUCAAUACCUGCGAAUGAGUCGAGAAGUAUCCCACUCCAAUCAUUUAACCCUACUCCGUUGGGCAGACCGGUAUUGAUUACAAUAUGUUGCAUCGUUGCCUCAUUACAAACGGUGUCGGCCUGUCAGCUUGGGUAUAUGCGCCAUACAGUAAACCUUAUCUGCACACAACGGGACAGUUGCACAUAUGAGUACAACGAAGAGAUUAACUUCAACAGACUCAACUCAAAUUUAUGUAUUCAACUUAACCAUGGAAACGAAACGGUUGGGCUGAUCAAGCUGUACCACCAUCCGAUAAAGCUCACGUGCUCUAAAAGAUCACUUUUCUUUACUAGAGAUUCGGUUCCAGAAAUAUACCACUCACUGCGAUGCCCAGAAAUGGGAUCCUGCUCUGAUGAAAGAUGCAGCCACUUCCAUAGAGAUGAAAUCAUUCCGGAAUUGCGUGCAUCGAGAAGGUAUCCAGGGUAUUCCGUAUGCGCAUCCUCAUGCGGAGGACUCGCAUGCGGCUGUCUAUUACCACUACCCUCAUGCUCAUUUUAUAGGUUUGUACAUCAACCUAGAUCGAAAACCGCUUACGAAGUAGUAGAUUGCUUGGAAUGGAAGCCAGUAGUCACGCUAGAGGUGCACACGAUCUGGUACAACACUGCGAAAAAAGCUCGAUACGUGUUGCAGCCCUACGUUGAACAAACGGUUGGAGACUUGAAAAUGACUGUUGUUUCCAUUCAACAGCCCAAAUCCCCUAUGAUGAACCGAAGGUUCGCGAUAAGCUCCAAGGACUCUGUUAUGAUACCCGACAACUAUGAAAUUCCUGUCGAAUGUACAACAGAACGAGCAGCUAUCAAUAACUUUCAAAAUUGCAGCACUCAUUUUGAGUGCACUUGCCAUGAUUCGCGGUCGAAAGCUAGCUGCCACUGUCCUAGAGAAUCGAUAUCGCAUAUCAGGUCAGAAGUCAUUGAUAUGCUGCCUAUCCAUACACCAACAGCACAAAUCAAUACUAGGAAUAAGGAAAUAAUCUUGUCUUCCACAGAAGCGGAGGUAAUCCUAGCACUUCAAUCUAACGCUUUAAUUAACGUUAGCGAAUAUGUCAUCAAGCAACCAUGUGAAAUCCACUUUGAAAAAAUACUUGGCUGCUAUGAAUGCAUGGAAGGCGCUCAAAUCCAAAUUUCAUGCAAAACCGAUAUCGCAUCUUGGAUCACAAUUCAAUGUGAAGAGCAAACAUUCUCCAUAGAAUGUAAUCCUGCGAACAAAAAUACUACAGUAAACCUGAACUUCAAUUAUGCCGUCAUUCAAAAGAACUGCCACACGAUCUGUGAUGGUAAGCAAAAGAACAUAGUCAUGGAAGGAACCCUGACCUUCCAUGAAAUGAGAAACACCGGCAGUAUCUUUAAUGAAAAAGAUACCUACGUAUCGCAACCCUUCCACUGGUUGCAAAGUUUAAGGAUACCAGAUAUUCAACCGCUUUUGCACAAUAUGAAAAAAUAUUGGAAAGUGACGUUGAUGUCCGCACUAGCAGUAAUGACUGCGGUAGGCCUCACCUAUGUGUUUGGCCCAAUAAUUAUUGUGGUGUUAAUUAAGAUACUCCCAAUUAUCGCGAUAUACAUCGCAAAAUCCGCACUUGCCAUUUUAAAAGUGGCAUGGAUUAGCAUUCGAUUCACUAUAUCCGCUACAAGGCGGGUAAAGAAUUAUGUGAAUCAACUCCAAAAUUGA